AUGGGAGAAUUAAAUUUCUUCCUCGGACUGCAAAUAAAGCAAUCUGAGAAAGGAAUCAUGAUCCAUCAACAAAAGUAUAUCAAGGAACUGAUCAAGAAAUACAAACUUGAAAAUGCUAAGACAAAUGAUACUCCAAUAGGUAUUGAAACCAGAUUGGAUGAUGAUCCAUCUGGAACUUGUGUUUAUCAACCUAUGUACAGAGGUAUGAUAGGUUCUUUACUUUACUUAACAACUAGUAGACCUGACAUAUCUUUCAGUGUAGGUUUGUGUGCCAGGUUCCAAGCAAACCCAAAGGAGUCUCACCUGAAAGCAGUAAAGAGAAUCCUUAGAUACUUGAAAGGAACUGAUAACUUGUGUCUCUUCUAUCCUAGAAGUGACUCAUUCGAUUUACAUGGCUUUACUGAUGCUGACUAUGCAGCUGAUUCGGUGAAUAGAAAAAGCACUUCAGGAAUGGUACAAUUCUUAGGACCUUGUUUAGUUUCUUGGGGUUCCAAGAAGCAAAACACAGUUGCUUUAUCUACAGCUAAAGCUGAAUACGUGGCAGCAGCAACAUGUUGUUCACAAGUACUUUGGAUAAAACAACAGUUCCUAGAUAUGGCAAAGUCAAAAAUAAUGGAAAUAGAGCAAAAAGAGCAUUUAGUACAAUCUUGGUGUGAUAAGCAUAGCUGA